CAAGCCACGCUCAGAAGGCGAGAGCAACUCUCAAGGCUCACUUUGGACAAAAAAAACAAAACAAAACCACGCACGAUUCGACACAUUUGUGAGCACACUGCCUGAAGGUCCUGCAGAAUGUGUAAAGGAUUAGCUGCCCUGCCGCAAACCUGCCUUGAAAGGGCUAAAGAGAUCAAGUCCAAAUUAGGAGUCUUGCUUCAAAAGCCAGAAAAUGCAAUCGACCUCAUCAUUCCCUAUCCGGAGAAAACGGAGAAGAAGCCGGAGAAGCAGCAGAAACCGUCAUGCGAGGAAGCGUCGCAGUGGCGUGAGAGUCUGGACCGAGUCCUGAACAACAACUAUGGUCUUGCUACUUUCCGUAGCUUCCUGCAGUCUGAGUUCAGUGACGAGAAUAUUGAGUUCUGGAUGGCCUGUGAGGAUUUCAAGAAGAUCAAGAACCCAGUGAAGAUGGCGGCCAAGGCCAAAAUAAUCUACGAAGACUACAUUCAGUCCGAGGGACCGAAAGAGGUCAACAUUGACCAUUUCACCAAGGACGUGACCCUGAGGAAUUUGGUGCAUCUUACUCCCGAAAGCUUUGACCUGGCCCAAAAGCGGAUCUACGCCCUGAUGGAAAAAGACUCCUUCGGUCGCUUCCUGAGGUCCGAGCAGUACCAGGAGCUCUUGGUCAACUAAAUCCGAGCCGGAGAGCGAGCAGCUGGGUGGGGAAGUGCUGGAUGGAUUUGGCUCUAAUAUGAUCCCUUCACAAUUAAAAGUGAACAUUUUGAAUCAUUACAUUGAAUCGUUGUCAAGAGAGAAAGAUUCUUUUUUUUUUUUUUAUAAACAAAAUGCGAGAAAAAAGUGGAAUGAACAAUUGUCGGGUCAAAGAAAAUCCACAACGUCGCCCACCCACUUCUCCACCGACACGCAUUCCAAUCCCGUUCGAAAAGUCAGCUGCUCAAACUAAAUUGGACCCUCAAAUUUCGCUCCACGUCGUAUCCCUUGCGAUACAGAACCGACCCUCUUUGACAAAAUCAAUAACUAACAAUCGACUCUCAUCAUGAAGAGAGGGCGUCAUUAGAAGGUCAUUUGUUCAGACUUGAUUGAGUUUUUGAAGGCGGAGCCAAUCUGCCCACG